CACCUCCAGUAAAGAUCGUACGGUGUGUCAAGAAUGUCUUAAAAAUGGCUUUUAAUCAACAUUUUUUUUUGACAUUGCUAUUUACUAUUAAAUCUGUGUGAACACCUCCUUAUUAUAAUGUUUUGUCAUACUAUAACAGACACAGAAGUAUGACAUAAUUUUAAAAAUCAAUACAUAAUAAUUGAAAGUUAAAACUUAAUUUCAUAUAGAUAGUAUAAAUUUUAUAAUAAGUAUUGAAUUAUGUACUAUACUAAAAUGGUUCUCAUCUUAAUAACUAUAAGAGUACAAGUUACAGGGGACACGUCGUGUGCGUUAUCCAGGGGACAUAAUAACCCGAAAACCAAAGAAAAGACUUACGUAGCGAAAAAUAAAGAUAAACUAUACGAUUCUAAUUCAAGAACCACACCUGGUUUGUCGGUUGGUUAUAUCGGUGAUGAAAAUAUAACAGGGUAUUUAAAACUGCUUAAAGAUAAUACUAAAUUGCGGUCUAUAACGAGAUUUCCUUUAACAACGCUCAUCAGUCGCCGUCUAGCAUUGAGGCAGCAAACAACAGGAACCAUGAAAGGUCCCGGUGUAACAAAUACGCUUAACACAAAAAUACAGCCAACACCAUAUCCAUCCACUGUGCCAGCGCAAUUCAGAGACAAGAUGAGGUCAAGUGCGCCGCCCCCGGUAACCGCUGACCAUCACUGCGAUUUCAAGUGGACAUAUUGCAUGCGCGUGUACAAUACGGGAGCUGUCUGCGGUCGCACUGUGUACUACACAUAUAACACAUUUGACAGCUGGUGUGUUCUCGACUACGUCAAUUGUCGUGAGGGGACUGAUAUAUGGAUAGGCAUUCACACGGGCCCAUGUUUGAGAAUAGAACCAUAUUCCGAAUAUAUUCAUUAUCCAUAUGAAGACGAUUACCAUUUAGACCGCGAUUUGGUCAUAGACGAUAUGUAGAAUGAUGACAUUUUGCACUUCGACAAUGGUCUGAAUGUCUUGAAAGCUGGCAGCUUUUUUGCUCAACGGGUCUCGCUUCAGCGGAGAAAGGAAAUGCUGCCAGUGCUCCGGGCACGCCGCCUUGUGACGCGUUUGAAGAUACUAUACAUUAGUCAUACAUAGAGUCAGAUUAGUAUACAAACUCAUGUCGCAAGAGAAAUCUCCUACAAAACUCCAGCUACAAAAUAUGAAUAUAAUUACUUUCUCAACGUAAUAAGGAGCAUAGCUCACAUUCCAUUAAUCGGGAAAGUGAAAUUCAGCUGUUCUUAGAUUUGUACAGUCAACUACUCCAAUUCAUUGCAAACUCGGCGCUAUUACAUGGCGCUAUAGGUUCAUGCUUGAUAACUCGGUGUGCUGUUGACUGUACAAGCACUAUUAUCUUGUAACGACAUACUGUGUAGUUAAGUACCUAUAGUAAAACUGACCGGAUGAUUAAAUUCUAUAUAGAUUGGUUCCGUACACAAGGUUUAUGUACAUUUUCAACAAUGGAAAAUUAUUUAAAUUUUUGCUACAAGCUUUUAUCGUCGGAGUGGUCUUGUUGCAUUCAACGCGUGCUGUACCUCGUUGGGAGCCGAUCCUGAGUGCAUCAUCGCGUCAUGUCAUUCAUCAUAAUAAUGCAUUGUUAUGAAAACUGAAGCCUGAAGUUUUUUAACAAUGACAAAGACAAAGAUUAUUUAUUUGCAAAAAUAUGUGUAUACAUUUUUUUACAUUGUGGUAUAUGAUAAGAAUGAAAGGAUUAAAAUUUGUAUUAUCUUCAGGGUUCCGUCAAUUUCUCUGCUGAGCCUGCUCUUGACGAUUACGACUCGCGUAAGGUGAACGUUAUGACACUUUCUGCUGACAGAACAAUCGCAGCCUCAUUAAAUGUUAAUUGUGUAGGUAGGGUGAAUCUCUGUAUUUUCUUACUAACUGUACCCUAGAGAUAACUAUUAUAUUAACUAUUAAGGCUGUAUUUGUAUUAUUUUUGUUACUUUCAUAACA